UUCUGAGGUUCAUCUCCUUCAGUUAAUUCCUAAAGAAGUACCUAUAGCGGUCCGUACACGCCGCUACGGUCGACGCUCCGUGGCAUGCCCUAUGCCAUUAGAUGUCUGAGUGCUACGUCAAGUCCGUUGAGCUAUCUGCGACAAGAUAUAAGGUCGAUUGAUGAAGCCAAGUCCUAAUUAUCCGUCACUCGCUUGAUGAGUGCCUUAUACGCCUCUGCUCUUGCGAAACCUCAUUACCACGCGAACGAUCAUGGACAUGGCCAAGCCCAUCGAAUUCCAGAACGGCCACGUCGAUCCAGAAAUGGGUCACGUCAAUGCCCUGGAGACGGUCCGCACUGCUGGCAGCAUCGCCAUGACCCCGGAGCUGUUCGAGAAGCUGUAUCUUUCCCCUCCUAAUGCGGUCAAGGGCGAGCUGAGGAAGACCUUUGGCAACCCGACCCCAUUAGCCCUGGUUGGAUUCUUGCUGUCUUUGAUGCCCUUGUCGUGCGAUUUAAUGGGUUGGCGGGGCGCCGGCUUAUUCGGCGCAGCAACCAUUGCCGUUUACUUCUUCAUGGGUGGUGUCCUUAUGCUCCUGAGCGGCAUCAUGGAGUGGGUUCUUGGCAACAGCUUCCCUUCUAUUGUUUUCUGCAGCUUCGGGUGCUUCUGGCUGGCCUUUGGAGGCACAUUAAACCCAUCAUUCGCUGCAUUCUCAUCAUACGCACCGGCAGAUGCCAAGUCCCCUGCCGAGGGCAUGGCGACUCGAGGGUUCAAUGCUAGCUUAGGCUUCUGGCUGGUGUUUAUGGGCUUGCUGGCCGUCGUGUACCUUAUAUGCGCCUUGCGGACUAAUGUGGUCUUCGUCAUCAUCUUCUUCACCUUGAUUCCCGCAUUUGCUCUUCUCACGGGAGCAUUUUGGGUCUUGGCCGAAGAUUACACCGGAAACGCAGACCUUGCCAACAAGCUUUUCGUAGCCGCGGGUGCUAUUCUUUUUUGUACCUGCGCGGCGGGCUGGUAUAUUCUCGUCGCUAUUAUGUUUGAGAUUGUUGACUUCCCAAUUCAGCUCCCUGUGGGCGAUCUGUCAAGCGUCAUUCAGGGGAGGAGCGGUCGCAUCAUACAUCCGUGAAGAUGGACGUAAUGUGGAUGGACUACUGGACAGCGUGGCAAUUGAAAUGCGAUACGUCUCUUUUGUAUUUCGCGACGCGCACCCAUUUUAGCCCUCGGGGUUCUGGAAAAAGUGCGAAAAAGAAG